AUUUGGGUCUGUGCUCCGGGGAGAUCCCGGGGGCCGAAGGUCUCCCCUGUGUGGGGCGACGGGGAGUCCCUGAAGGAAGGGCCGGCCGGCCGGAGGUCUGAGGUUACUAAGCCCAGAAACUGGCCGGUGUGGCGCCGGCCUCUUCAGGUCAACUAAUGGCCCUACUGCCAGAUUCUGAGGAACCUUCCUAUUUGCUGCCGGCAGACCGAGAGGCCUGGACAGAACAUGGGGCCCCCGACUUUGUGUAUGGGCAGCAGGAACUUGUGCUGGAGGGGGUCCAGUGGUCCAAUGUCCCCACUGUCCCAGAUCAGUUGCCCCCAUCUGUUUCCCGCUUUGACUCUGCCCUCUGCUCUGCUUGGAAGCAGCGUAUGGAACUGGGCUUGUUCCGUUAUUGCCUUAAGGAACUGCAGACCCGGAUCUUGCCGGGCACUGUGGGCUUCGUGGCUCAGCUGAAUGUGGAGCGGGGUAUACAGAGGAGGCACCCACAGGACAUCCGGAGUGUCAGGCAAGCCUUUGAUCCUGGCCAGUUCAACUUCAGCCACAUCCGGCCUGGAGAGAUCCUCUUCUGUCUGCGCCCAAAGCCCCUUCUCCCGGAUGCCAGUCAACUCGAGGACAUCUUUGUGGUCAUCAACAUCAGCCCCUUGGAGCGAGGCCAUGUGCUUCUGGUGCCCGAGCCUGCCCGGGGAUUGCCCCAGAGGCUGCUGCCCUCGGUGCUUCGGGCAGGGUUGGAGGCAGUGCUGCUAAGCUCGCACCCUGGCUUCCGGGUGGGGUUCAACAGCUUGGGGGGGCUGGCCUCUGUGAACCACCUGCAUCUGCACGGCUACUACCUAGACCACAGACUGCCCGUGGAGGGAGCCCCGAGCGAGCCCCUGGACGAGAGGGGCCACUUGCACCUGCUCCGGACCCUCCCGGCCCCCGGCUUUCUCUUUUACACCAGCCAGCCUAGUGCUGACUUGGAGACCUUGAGCCGAAGGAUUUGUACUGCCACUGACUACCUAUAUGAGCAGGAGAUUGCUCAUAACUUGUUUGUGACCAGGGGUGCCCCCCCUGGAAUGCUGUCCCCUUCUUCCGCCCUCACGGGCCUCCGGGUCAUCCUCUGGGCCCGCAAGUCCAGCUUCGGGAUAAAGGAAAGUGAAGCCUUCAAUGUUGCCCUCUGUGAGCUGGCUGGGCACCUCCUGGUGAAACGACCCGAGGAUUUCUGCAGCCUGACCGAGGCCAGUGCACUGGCCCUCAUCCAGGACAGUCUGCUGCCCCCAGCCCAGGCCCAUAAGGUCCAGGCAGCUUUGGUGGCCUUGAUGGCCCAGGAGAACCAGUAAGAUGCAAGAAGCAUUUCCCUCAGAGCUGGAUAUGACCCCCAAAGAAAAACACAUGUGUAAACAUUUGACAUACA